GGUCUCUCUACAAUCAAUAAAGAGCUGGCAAUACAAUUAGCCAAACAUCCCAACUUGGACAUCAGUGUGUAUCUUCCCCAGUGCAGUGCGAAGGACAAGAGUGAUGCAAGUGGUCAUAAUGUUCACCUGAUGGAAGCAGAAGAAAUUCCAGGAUAUGAUCCAAUUGAUUGGCUGUCUGUUAUACCAGAAAAUCAUGCCAUUGAUAUUAUCAUAGGUCAUGGAGUACGUCUUGGUAGACAAAUAUCUAUCAUAAAGAAACAGCAUGCCUGUGGUUGGAUACAAACUGUCCACACAGCCCCAGAAGAGCUUGGCAAGUAUAAGACCUAUGCCAAUGCAAUCUCAAAAGGUGGGAAGAAGCAUCAAGUGGAAGUAAAACUUUGCGAGAGGGCUGAUCAAGUUCUUGCAGUUGGGCCCAAGUUGGCAGAAGCCUACAGGCGUUACUUGCGUUCCAGCCAGAAAGAUCAAGCUACUCUGGAUCUCACACCUAGUAUUUUCUCUCAAUUCUCCCAUGUCAAACAAGCCAGUAAAGGUGGGAAUACAUUUGGUGUUCUAGUGUUUGGACGUGGAGACAGUGAAGAUUUUCAUCUGAAAGGCUAUGACAUAGCAGUUCAAGCAGUUACAAGGUUGAAGGAAUCGUCAUACCAUCUCAUGUUUGUUGGUGCUCCUGCUGGAAAAGAAGAUGAAGUUACAAAAGAAUUAGAGAAAUAUAGAAUUUCCCGCCAGCAACUAACUGUUCGGUGCUUUGAUGAAAGUAGAGAAUUCCUUGCCAAUUUAUUUUGUGAGAUGGAUUUGGUGCUAAUGCCUUCAAGAACCGAGGGAUUUGGAUUGACAGCCCUAGAAGCCAUGUCUGGUGGCUUGCCAAUACUUGUAAGUGGUAACUCUGGAUUUGGGGAAGCGCUCAAGCAAGUGCCAUUUGGCAACCAAUUUGUCGUGGAUUCAGAUGAUCCUGAUAGGUGGGCAGAGGCGAUUAAGGCUGUUCGAAAGAAAGAUAGGAACUUAAGAUUGGAAGAGGCCAAACACCUUCAAAAAAUGUAUGCCAGCAAAUUCACCUGGAAGGAACAGUGUGAUUCACUUUAUGAAGCAAUGUGCACUAUCAUGUCAAGAUCCACAGCUGAUUUAGAUUCUACCACAAUCCCAAGAAGUCAGUUAACCUUGGUAAACCCUAAUCAGGCUGAUCAGGGUGCUAGACAUUUGGCUCACAAUCCUGAAGAUCCAUCAGUGAAACAGCCUUCUAGGAAGCGUAAACGGUCCAUCUCUUCUGGUGCUCAAGCUCCUAAGCAAUUUAGAUUGGUGUUGGAUGACAAAGGAGAUCACAUUACCUUGGUGGUUAAAAGACUCCAAGCUGAAUACAAAAGGAGGUCUUUGGUGAAGCCAUUACCCUGGAACAAUACCCUUCAACUGCAACUUGAUGACACUUACACCAGAUUGAAAUUUCUCUCUCGAAGAAAACGUGACUUCAUAUUGGAAAAUCUCGCCAUUGACACAGAUGAAAUUUUUGAGUUUGACAAAGGGGAGGAUAGCAUGGUUUUAAUUGAGGGAAGUCCAGGAAUCGGGAAAACAACAUUUUGUCUUUACCUUGCUAAUGACUGGGCCAGAAAAAGAUUUGCAGAAAACAGUCAAUUGAAUAGCAAAUUUGAGUUAGUUCUUCUUUUGAAGUGCCGGGAUUUUGAAGGAGAUGUCAUGGAAGCCAUCUGUAAUCAACUUCUUCCUGAAGAUUGUGAUGAGAAAAUUAGGAAUAAUCUUGUGGAUUUCCUAAAAGACUUUCACAACCAAGAAAAAGUGUUGCUAAUUUUGGAUGGUUUGGAUGAAUUGCCCACAAGGUCUAAAUGCCAUGUAGCUAAAUUACUUCAUAGACAGAUUCUCCCAUUUUGUUUUGUGUUGGUGACAUGCCGACAAGAAAGAGGAAUUUCAGCUCGAAAGGAGUUUCAAUUUGAAAGUCAUUUGCAAAUUGAAGGGUUCACAGACAAAGCUGCCACUGACUUUGUCAUAAGGUAUUUUGAAAACAUUUCCCCUGCAAAUGGCCAGAAACUUACAGCAGAAAUUAAGGAAAAUUCUCUCCUUCAAGCCCUUCUAAACAACCCUUUAAAUUUGCUUCUUCUGUGUGUUGUGUUUGAGGACUCUCAAGGAAAACUUCCUUCUUCCCGGACUGAACUUUAUCAGAUUAUUGUCUGUUGUCUCUUGAGGAGAUAUUGUGCUAAGCACGAUUUGAUGUCUCAUCCUGAUGACAGAAUACUGCAGAAGCAGUUUGAAGAGAGCACACUUGCUUUGGGAGAGCUAGCGUGGAAGUGUCUUCUCCAAGAUCGCCACAGUUUCUCUGAAGAAGAGUUAGCAAGCCUUGAAAAGAGAACGGAUGGUUUAGUUGCCCGUUACAUCGGUCUUGUAUUCAAGGAAGCAAGUGUGAAGAAGAUUAAUCCCAGUGAUGAAUAUUAUUUUCUUCAUAAAACUUUCCAGGAGUUUUUAGCUGCAUCAUAUCUUGCACAUAGUCUGCAGAAAGGUGACAUUAACAUAUUCAAAGACUUUGCGCUGGGGUUCCUUGACAUUGUAACAAAAUAUCGGCAGGUGUUUCUGUUUGCAGUUGGGAUACUAGAGCAAAAUGAUGUUUUGUUCAGACAAGUUGGAGAAGAACUUUUACAAGACUAUGAUGAGUGGAACUGGCUUCAGUGCUCAGAAGAAGAGGCAACAUUCUUUACUGAAUGCCUCAAGGAAAGUGGAAACCCAGAGGACAUGGCAUGUACUCUCUUUUCAUUAAUUCCUCUUCCACAAGAUAUAGAGAUCAUUCACAACGUUCAUCAUUAUUCUGAAAACUUUGUGCCUAUUUUGAAAGUUUGCCAAGCAUUUCCACAACUAAAACAACCAAUCAACCUUUUCAUAGCCGAUGCCAAUUUUCUUGAGGAUUGUGAGGUGAAGACUAUUACAGAUGUCCUGGAAUCUUCUUGUCACCUUGAGAAUCUUGAUUUUUCUGCUGGUGAAAUGACAAAGGCACUAGCAGAUGCCUUAUUUGAAGGAGUGUCCUCCAGCCCAUCCUUAACACAUCUUUCUCUCAAUGUAUCACAUAGCAUGGCUCCCAAUCAAGCUUACACUAUUGGCAAGGCAUUGGCUGCAAGCAAGAAUUUGAGAACAGUAGCAAUGGCAAUUGGCAGUGAUUGGGAUGAGACUUGGGCAGGUGCUCUCGAACAAGGAUUAACAGCAGGAACACAUUUAAAUGGUGUCAUCCUCACCAUCCAUGGAACAAUGAGUCAAUCAACUUUACAAGCGCUAAAACACUUGUUUACCAACAAAUCUUUGACCUCUCUUUCCAUUAUCAUAGCAGGAGAUAUGCAUGAUUCUGUAGCCUCCGCUAUUUAUGAAGGUCUAAGUAGAGCAAGUUGUUUGGAAUCAUUUCAGCUUCUUAUUCUUGGAAAUUUGAGUUACUCUGGUGCAAUUUCCCUUGAGAAGGCUUGUUCUCAAAAUCAGUCCUUGAAGACAUUGGAAGUGAUUGUUCGUGGAGAGGUCCCUGAGAACUGGUCCACCAUUGUCCACAGAUUAAUGCCAUCUGAGACAACAUCAAUGUCAUGUGAUUUUCAACCUAGUAUCUGCCACAAAGUAACAGAGACACAGAUAAAUCAUCUUGGUGAUCACAUUUUUCCAAGUGGUAGAUUCUUGUCUGGACAGUCCUUAACUUUGACCCUCUGGGGUGGACUUACUUGCAGUGGAGCAAAAGCCCUUGGUAAAGUAAUCAGAAGUUCUCUGAUAUCCAGUUUGACUCUUAAUGUCCAUGGCAAAUUGGACAAUGGUGUUUUGCACUGUCUUGCUGAAUACCAGAAAGAUACAAAGACACUAUCUUCUCUCAAAGUCAACUUUUGUUGUUAUCUCUCUGAAGAGGAAAAGUCUGUUUUUCAUGAUUUACCAAGCAAUGGUCAAGAAUUUCCUGUUGUCUUGAAUUUCCUCCAAGAGGAAUCUACAAGUAUUUCUGAAUCUGCUGACUCCUACCAGGUGAAAUCAAGAUCUGAAACAUGCAAGGUUAAUCUAGCAUCCAGCAGCGCAAGUGAAGACUCAGCGCUCUUGGAAAGACUGCAGGAUGGUUUGCAAACCACUGUGCCAUUGGCGACACUGAGCAUCAGCAUAGAUAUUGAUGCCAGCCAUAGUGGAAACUCGGCUACUGGCUUGGCUACUGUCUUGGCUAGUGGCUUGGCUGAGAACACUUCAGUCACAACUUUCAAUCUCACUUUAAACAACUAUGAUGACAUGGGGGGUGAUUGGGGAUGUUGUCUAGGUGAAGCCAUAGAAAGAAACACCUCAGUGACCACAUUAAAGCUCACAUUCAACAACUAUGCUGAUAUGAGUGGUGACUGGGCCCAAGGUCUAGCUGAUGGUUUAGCCAAAAACACAUCAGUAACUACACACCAUCUUGCAAUCAAUGAUUUUGGCAACACAAGUGGAGAAUGGGCAUACACCCUUGGCGAUGCUUAUGCUAAAAACACAAACUUCACUUCACUUCAUCUGAAGAUCAACAACCAUAGUUUAGACAGUGACAACUGGCUUAAAGGUUUGUGUAGUGGUUUGUCAAGAAGUAAUUCCAUAUCCAAGCUUCAUUUGUACUUGAAUGGUCAAGAUGUGUUUCUAAAGAAUGGAAGCCUGAGAGAAAAUCUUGGCAAUUGGUUAUCAAAAACUUCAUCAAAAACAUCACUUCAACUGAUGAUAACCUUGUUUGGAGAAUGUUUAGAUUUCUCAAAGGAGCAGUUCCCUGAAUCAGAUGUGCAGCAGCAGACAAAGGAAAUCCAUUAAUCAUGGGUUCCCCUCUCAGAACUAAACCUUCCCAGAUGAGAAGACCUUGGUUAACAUUUGUUCAGUUUACUGAUAGAAACUGGUGAUAAACACUCAUCUUACUAUAAGUAAGGUAAAACUCUUGGGCAGUUUCAGCUGUAAAUAAUGAUCUAAAAUGUGUAUCCACAAAUUGAGUUUCACAAUCAGAGUUAAAGAAUUUGGUUGCCCUUUUUUUUGCCCAAUUCUGCUCAACCCCACCUGCAGACAGUGUUGAAUGAACAAGUUUGCCACAGAAGUUUGCAGUCUAAUAACAUCCAUUGUCAAAAGGGGGAUGCAGGAAUUUUUUAGGUCUCAUGUUCAAAUUUUCUUGAGCAAAAUUUAGAAAAAUGUGAAGCCAAAUUGUUACUUGCUGGCCAGACACAAAAGUUGGCCUUUUUUGGUUUUUGUAGUGUAAAAAAACAAGCAGGGUAAAGGGUAACCUAUGGUUAUU